AUGUCUGUCGACUUGACCCGUUUGACGACCCAGUGCCGAUCAUGCUUCUCCGCCGGUCGUGGAUUCGGUGGAAGCUCUCCGGGGGUACGCCGCAUCGCCGCAUCGGGCAAGAUCCAGGAACUACUAGACCAGCACGGCGCCGUUCUCAUCCGCGAGUUUGGGCACCCUUCAGCGGAGACCUUUGCGGAACUAGUCGGUACCGCCGAGCAAGCGCGAGGUCACCACCCGUAUAAGCAGAUUGGUCUGGCUGGUAAGAGGAAUGAGGUGGCCAAGAAUAUCUAG